AUGUCACCAGUUCAAUUAGCCGAAAAGGAUUUCGAGAGGGAUCAAAAAUUCACCAAAGCUUUGCAUGGUGAAUCUUACAAAAAGACCGGAUUGGCUGCAUUGAUUGCCAAGUCAAAGGAUGCUGCAUCUGUUGCUAAUGAAGGUUACUUCAAGCACUGGGAUGGUGGUGUUACUAAAGAUGAUGAAACAAAGAGAUUGAGUGAUUACUCUCAAUUAACCCACCACUACUACAACUUGGUUACUGAUUUUUACGAAUAUGGUUGGGGUUCUUCCUUCCACUUUUCCAGAUACUACAAGGGUGAAGCUUUCAGACAAGCAACCGCUAGACACGAACACUAUUUGGCUUACAAGAUGAAUAUUAAUGAAAACAUGAAGGUCUUGGAUGUUGGAUGUGGUGUUGGAGGACCGGGAAGAGAAAUCACCCGAUUCACCGACUGUGAAAUUGUUGGUUUAAACAACAACGAUUACCAAAUUGAAAGGGCCAACUACUACGCCAAGAAGUACAACUUGGAUGACAAAUUGUCAUAUGUCAAGGGUGACUUUAUGCAAAUGGAUUUUGAGCCAGAAACUUUUGAUGCCGUAUACGCUAUCGAGGCUACAGUUCAUGCUCCAGUCUUGGAAGGAGUUUAUUCCGAAAUUUACAAGGUGUUGAAGCCAGGUGGGGUUUUUGGUGUUUACGAAUGGGUCAUGACCGAUAAGUACGACGAAACAAAUGAAGAGCACCGUAAAAUUGCUUACGGUAUUGAGGUUGGUGACGGUAUCCCAAAGAUGUACAGUCGUAAAGUUGCUGAGCAAGCUUUGAAGAAUGUUGGAUUUGAAGUUGAAUACGAAAAGGAUUUGGCGGAUGUCGAUGAUGAUAUCCCAUGGUACUAUCCAUUAGCCGGGGAUUUGAAAUACUGUCAAUCUUUGGGGGACUUGUACACUGUGUUCAGAACCUCAAAACUUGGUAGAUUGAUCACUACUGAGGCUGUUGGGUUGAUGGAAAAAGUUGGUAUUGCACCAAAGGGUUCAAAGCAAGUAACACAUGCUUUGGAAGAUGCAGCAAUUAACUUGGUUGAAGGUGGUCGUCAAAAAUUGUUUACUCCCAUGAUGUUGUACAUUGCUAGAAAGCCAGAAAAUGCUAAGGAGUAG